AUGCGUUUUGAUGAUUUAUUACCGAUUGUUAAUCAAAGAAAGAUUAGUAAUGCUAUUAUUAAAAUUGAUAUUGAAACUUCUGAACAUUUUUUAUUUCAAACAGGUGAAUUGAUGUUUAAACAAAUAAAUAUUCCAUUUAUUAUGAUGGAAUGGGCUAAUACUAAAACAAUAAAAUAUAGAACCAAUUUAAUUCUAGAAUUUUUUCUUAAUCGUCAUUAUAUUCCUUAUGAUUCUGAAACAUGUCAACCCCAAAAUUGA